AUGCAGUUCGCCUUACCGCCGCGGAAGAGCCCGCAUCGCCUUCCCUCCUCUCAACUACCACCGUACCGUAGAACACAGCUCAAAACAAUCGCUGUAUGCGCAUGCGUGGUGCUCUCAAUUCUCUAUCUGCUCUCAUACUUCUUUUCUGCAGACGCGCCCUCGAUCGGAGCACCGGUAGGUACCUCAGGGGUGGUAAUUGUGACCUUGCUGGAUCGCGAACAUUUCAGUGAGAGCUACAUCAAGAAGAUCGUUACCAACCGCGAAGACUAUGCAAAUCGCCACGGCUACACCAACUUCUUCGUCAGUCUAUCCGAUUAUGACGAGGCGGUUGGCGACUCGCCCAAAAGCUGGGCGACGGUUCCAGCUGUCCGCCAUGCAAUGGCGAGCUAUCCUCACGCCGCGCAUUUCUUCCAUCUCAGCCCGCAUGCCCUCAUCAUGAACCCGUCUAGAUCCCUCAAAUCCCUCCUAUUGGACAACAACCGAAUCGAAUCAUUGAUGCUGAAAGAUCUACCCGUUGUGCCGCCCGAUAGUAUUAUCAAGACAUUCUCUCAUCUAAAAGAGAAGGACGUUGACCUGGUCAUCACGCAAGACAGCGAAGAUCUCAACCCCAGCAGCUUCAUUCUCAGGAACGGGGACUUUGCGCGUUUUUUUCUGGAUUUAUGGUUUGACCCGCUGUUUCGGAACUAUAAUUUCGCGAAAGCCGAAGCUCAUGGCUUGUACUCGCUCGAACGGCGCUGGUGCCCCAGCGGAUACUCAGCGCUUACAGUAAAGACUCGCAUGGCGCAAGUACUGAUGGCCAGUAUCACGACGGAGACUUUCUCAUUCGGUUCCCCGGGUGCGACAAUUUACAAGCUAAAGAUUGUCCCGAAAUGGAACCUUAUUACAUGA